AUGAUGUUCAAAGAAGUCCUUGAAAGGGCCAGAGCUUUGCUGCGAGAAGAAGAGGAAGUUCUGGGAAAGCCACAUACAAGCGAGCAAGUCGAGUCGUCGACUGAAAGAAAGGUGCCACCGUUGAAAUUGAAGGUGAUCAGAGGUCCAGAGGGUGUUGAGUAUGAAAUCGUAAAACCGGAGUUUAUACUUCACUUCAAACGAAGUAUUCUGUUGGAUAGCGGUCUCGCAGAAGUCACAUCUACAGAAUGUCAGGAAUCUUCUGGACAGCAGUUUGCGGAAAACGAGACGUCAAGCAAGCUCCAUACUGAACAUUCAUACACGGUGCUGACAGCUUGCAUGAGCGGACGAGCUUUUCCGGACCUAAGCUGUGCGCAGAAUGAGGACGGCUCCGAAGACCAGAAGAUUCAGAAUUUGAGUGCCGAAGACUCACUAAGGACCCAGAAAGUGCAUGAAGUUAUCUGGCAACGUCUGUUCAGUCAAGAUGGAAUAAUUGGAAGACAGACUAAAAAGGUGACUAUGCAUUAA